AUGUGUGAUCUCAAACGCACGCUGGACCACGGCGGGCACUGCGUCCUGGAGAUGCCGUCAGGGACGGGUAAAACUGUGUCUUUGCUCUCCCUCAUCAUAGCCUACCAGCAAUUCUACCCAGAGAAGCGAAAGCUGAUCUACUGCUCGCGUACCAUGUCUGAGAUUGAAAAGGCCCUAGCCGAGUUGAAAGCACUCAUGAGCUACCGCACACAAGAGCUGGGCUACGAAGAGGAAUUCCGCGGCCUGGGUCUUACGAGUCGAAAAAACCUCUGCUUGCACCCAAGCGUAAAGCGUGAGAAGAGUGGCAACGUAGUCGACGCCCGCUGUCGCAGUCUUACUGCAGGCUUUGUUAAAGAGAAGAAGGAGCGCGGCGAACACGUCGACCUCUGCGUCUACCAUGAUAAUCUCGACCUCCUCGAGCCUCAUAAUCUGAUACCACCAGGUGUCUUCACCUUCGAUGGCUUGCUCAAGUACGGCGAGCAGCAAAAGCAAUGUCCGUAUUUCACAGCGCGCCGCAUGAUGCCCUACUGCAACGUCAUCAUCUACUCCUACCACUACUUGCUUGAUCCCAAGAUCGCAGACCGCGUAUCCAAGGAGCUGUCGAAAGACUGCAUCGUGGUGUUCGAUGAAGCCCAUAACAUCGACAACGUAUGUAUCGAGUCGUUAAGUAUCGACCUGACAGAGGACGUGCUACGGAAAGCCACCAAAGGAGUCAACAACCUGGAUCGAAAGAUCACCGAAAUGAAGACGACAGAUGCUGAAAAGCUGCAAAGCGAGUAUGCAAAACUGGUCGAGGGACUACGCACAGCAGAGGAAGCACGCACAGAAGACGCCUUCAUGGCGAAUCCAGCAUUACCAGACGAUCUUCUCACCGAAGCGGUGCCAGGUAACAUUCGGCGCGCAGAGCACUUUGUCGCGUUCCUCAAGCGCUUCAUCGAGUACCUCAAAAUUCGAAUGCGUGUCGUGCAAGUCAUCUCCGAAACACCGCCUUCCUUCCUUGAAUCGCUCAAAAAUGCCUCAUUCAUCGAGCGCAAACCCCUCCGCUUCUGCGCCGAGCGACUCACAUCGCUUGUGCGCACACUCGAGCUCACCAAUAUCGAAGACUACCAGCCCCUGCAAGAUGUCGCGACGUUUGCUACCCUCAUCGCAACCUACGAGACUGGCUUCUUGCUCAUCAUCGAACCCUUUGAGUCUGCGACCGCCCAGGUACCAAAUCCUGUACUUCAUCUGACCUGCCUCGACGCUGCCAUCGCCAUCAAGCCAGUUUUCGAGCGCUUCUACUCCGUUAUCGUCACUUCCGGUACAAUGUCCCCUCUGGACAUGUAUCCCAGAAUGCUGAAUUUCAACACCGUUGUUCAAGAGUCAUUCACCAUGACACUCACCCGCAAGUCUUUCCUGCCCAUGAUUGUCGACCGUGGCAGCGAUCAGAACCAGAUCACAUCUGGCUUCGAACAUCGCGGCGACAUUCAAGUGCAGCGCAACUUUGGUAACUUACUCAUCGAGUUCUGCAAACUCACACCCGACGGCGUUGUUGUCUUCUUCCCAUCCUAUCUCUACAUGGAGCACAUCAUCUCGGCCUGGCAGGGCAUGGAGAUCCUGGACACAGUAUGGAAGUACAAGCUCAUUCUUGUCGAGACACCCGAUGCGCAGGAAACAGCACUUGCCCUCGAGACUUUCCGCACAGCAUGCAAUAACGGUCGUGGCGCAGUCCUCCUUUGUGUCGCCCGUGGCAAGGUCUCUGAAGGCAUCGAUUUUGACCACCACUACGGCCGCACUGUGCUGUGCAUGGGUGUGCCCUUCCAGUACACCGAGUCCCGUAUCCUGAAAGCGCGCCUCGAGUUCCUACGUGAGACAUACCGCAUCAAAGAGCAAGACUUCCUGUCCUUUGACGCCAUGCGUCACGCAGCGCAAUGUCUUGGGCGUGUCAUCCGUGGCAAAGAUGACUAUGGUAUCAUGGUGCUAGCUGACAAGCGGUUUAACAAGAAGAUCACGCAGCUGCCGAAAUGGAUCCAGCAAGGCCUCGACACGAAAUCGACAAAGCUAUCUGUUGAUCAGGCAGUCAGCACCGCGAAGCAGUUCUUGCGCGACAUGAGUGUGCCACUCAGCAGACAACAAGCGGAGGGUUACUCGAGCUGGGGACCCGAGGAAUUAGCCGCGCAUCAGAAGAAAAAGGGUGAGCUUGGUAUCAGUGGCACAGACUAUACGGCUUUGCGCGCACUUGAAGGGAGAGCGGCGAUUGAGCACAUGGAUGAAGCCGAUGAGUUCGGUGAGGGGAUCAAGGAAGACGAAUUUGGGGGCCAGGAUAUGGAUGAGACCAUGGCUGAUUUGUAA